AUGGAUUCAUUGAUUGAUAGUACUAAUCACAUAUCAAGUAGCAUUAAUGAGAUGGUCGAGUACCGCGCAUUGAAGGGCCGUAUUCAUAGUGUAGGGUUUCAGCCGAAUGAAUGCCUAAUACCGUUCUUAGAGUUAGCCGGGUUCGGAUCAGCAGCAUUAAUCUGGACUUUUAAUCUACGAUAUGACUUGAUUUCUGCCUUAGUCGAGCGAUGGCGUCCGGAGACCCACACAUAUCAUUUGUCGUGCGGGGAGUGCACAAUCACUCUAGAGGACGUUGCACUACAGCUGGGGCUCCCCAUCGAUGGGAACGCGGUCACGGGCGUAAGUUUGAUCUCUAGGCCUGCUCGCCUUUGCUAUGACUUAUUUGGACGCUCGCCAAGUGAGGGAAAAUUUCAAACCUUGAAGUUUUCAUGGCUAAAGGCCAAUUUUGAAUAUUUGCCUAGUACUGCCACUAAAUUGGAGGUUAUGCAUGCAGCGCGAGCUUAUAUUAUGCACCUUAUAGGAGGUGUACUCAUGUUGGAUACACACGGCAGCGAAGUCCACUUGAUGCACUUACUGCUGCUAUCUAAUUUGCAUAACACGCGUUUAUACAGUUGGGGGUCCGCAGUGUUAGCCAUUUUGUACCGCGAACUUUGUCAGACGACAGAUCCCUCUGCGGUUGACAUAAGUGGAUGCCUCAUACUGUUGCAGUCGUGGGCGCUUUAUCGGAUGCCAUUCUUGGCAUUCAUUAGUCAUCAAUCAUAUAUAUUUCCACUCGUUAACAGAUGGAGCACGAAUCCGGGUAUCGGGAGGUCAUACACGGUUCUGAUAUACCGUCUGAUGAUUGAGAAUCAUUCUGGAGAGGGAUUCAUUUGGAUGCCAUAUUCUGUUCCUGAAGUUACAGCUAUUAUUCCAUCGUAUGCCCACGUCCACUCACACCUAUGGUGCAUUAGCGCACCCCUUAUCCAUUUUCAUACAGUGGAGUGGUAUCAUGGCAAUCGAGUACUCCGACAAUUCAGUUGUAUACAAUAUAUCCCGACACAGCUAGUAAGAUUGGAUGUACAGCUACAUGGCAUGAAUAGGAGGGGGAGGCAUGGAACUGAUUGGGGAGAUGAGCAUUCAGAAUAUAUUACGAUGUGGAACAAUCGGUUUAGUAGGGUACUUCAGAUGGAUCGUUGUUUGGAUUUGCAGCCCUCGCCACAGUACCUACAGUGGCACUAUGAGAAGGGGAAACCAUUUUUAUUUGGUGGGCGAUCGAUGGUAGUCCCCCCUCAUACGACACGGAUUGGGCAACAUCUUCCAAAUCCGCAUCAUGCACCAGCUCUGGAGGUAGACCCAGAGCCAGAACCGGAGCCAGAGCCGGAGCUACACUCCGAGAGCAGCUCAUAUCCACCAUCAUACUCUGCUCCUCCAGAGCCGUAUCCAUCGCCAUUCUCUUCUCCCCCCGGCCCAUAUCCAGCGCCGUUCUCUACUCCCCCUGGCUCGAGUUCAUCAGUGGCAUUUGAGUCGUUCUCUACACCCAUACAUAUGGAUGAAGAGAACGUUGAUCACCGUAGUCACCCACAACGUGAACGUCGAGCUCCACGAAGAUAUACCCCUAGAACCACACCAUCAAACCAUCACUUUUAA